AUGAUGGCCAGUGUUAAGGAAUUUGGGGCUGAGACGACUGGCACCGAGGUUGCGGGACGGUUUGCGAAGAGGAUUGAGGGAGGGGUUUUUCUCAUCACGGGUGUUUCUCCAAACAGUCUAGGCGAAUCGCUCGCCACGGCCAUCGCAGCACACUCCCCCUCCCACCUCAUCCUCGCCUCCCGCACCCCCGCAAAGCUCCAAGCCGUAGCAGCGCUCAUCCCGCACGUAGACGUCUCUUGCGUGCACGUAGACUUCUCUUCAUUCCCCAGCGUGCGCGCUGCUGCUUCAACCAUCACGAGAACAUUGCACGGCAGGAAAAUCGACGUCUUGUUCAACAAUGCCGGCAUCAACGUAUUCUCCCGCCAGCUGAAUGCCGAGGGGAUAGAAAUGCAGUUCGCGACCAACCACGUCGGUCCUUUUCUCUUUACCAAUUUACUGCUGCCGUUACUGGCAGCCGGGGCUAGGGUUGUGAAUACGAGUAGCGAGGCACAUAGGAUUAGUCCGGUGCGGUUUAGUGAUCUGGGGCAAAAUCCGGAGAAGAUGGAUAUGCUGGCGCCAGAUGAGGGGCCGAGGCGGGGGAUGGGGGAGGGCGUUUUGAGGGGCAUGGGGGGGUAUGAACCGGCUGUUGCUUAUGGGCAGAGUAAGACGGCAAAUGUGCUUUUUGCGGUGGGGUUGAAUGGGAGGGGUGUGAAGAGUUUUGCUGUUAUGCCUGGUACUAUUAGGACGGGUAUUGUGAGGGGCUUGGAUGAAGAAGGACUGCAGGGCUUGUUGAGGGUUGAGAGAUGGAAGGACUUGGAUCAGGGCGUUGCUACUAAUCUUGUGGCUGCUUUGGAUCCUGCCCUGGAUGGUGAGAGGGGGGUUUAUUUGGACGAUUGUCAACUCAAGAGACCUUCGAAAUGGGCUUCUGACCCUGAGAAGGCUGAGAGAUUGUGGAAAUUAAGUGAGGAGCUUGUGGCGCAGAAGUUUGAUCUUGGGGUGAAGAGCCGUUUGUGA